ACUUCGCACAUCCAGCCCCCUAUCUUUUUCCCCUUGCACGAUUCUUUUUGGCUACAAGAAGGAUGAACCCUCAGAUCGUCAUCAGACUGAGCUGGCUUCUCAGCACACUUCUCCUCUCCACCAGCAGUGGAUUUACACCUGAGGACAUCAAGGAAGCCCUGCUGAAAAACCUUAACCUGCCUGAGGUCCCAAGGCUGACCAAACGAGACACUGAGAACCUGAUGAUCCCCAGACACAUCCAGGCCAAGUACAUGUCAAUGCUCAACAAGCACAAGGAGAGGAAGAAGAGGUCUUUGCCCAGCCUAGCUGGCAUUCUCAGAGGAAUCACAGGAAAUGCAGAUAUUUCCGGAGAAGUAAUGUACGCCGACUCCACUAGGCAGACCCUGGUCUUUGGCAUGGAGUCCAGAAUCCCCCAGAACAGUGAGGUCACCAUGGCUGAGCUGAAGCUCUUCAAACUGCCCCCUACAAAUCAACCUGACAGGCGCUUGCAAAGGCCCGUCAACAAUGCAAGAGUCAGUGUCUACUACGUGGAAGUAUUGCAGGACGGAAGCAACAGGAGCUCACUUGUGGAUUCUAGGCUGGUGCCCAUAAUGGAGUCUGGCUGGAGAAGUUUCGAUGUGACGAACGCUGUGCAUUAUUGGCUAAGAAGCAGCGGACAGUCCGACAUGCACUUAGAGAUCAGAGUAGAUGGCGAGAGACAUGGCAACUAUGCUUCAGAGAUGGCAAAGCUGGUUCGAUUCACUACCCAGAAUCCUGCCAACAACACUGUGGGGAAACCUGAACUGGUCCUGUACACUCUCAACCUCGACGACCACGGCGCCCGUGGAGACUGUUCAGCACCCGGUGCCCAAAAGGACAACAUCUGCUGCAGAGAAGAGUAUUUCAUCAACUUCCGAGAGCUGACCUGGACCCAGUAUUGGAUCAUAGAGCCCGCUGGGUACAACGCUUUCCGCUGCACCGGGGCCUGCAAGCAGCCUCAUUCUCACACGCUCAAGUACCGCUACGGAGAGAGGACCUGUGCCGUGGUGGAAAGCUCCCCUUUGCCUGUCAUGUACCUGGUCAAGAAAGGCGACUAUACGGAAAUCGAAGUAGCCGAGUUUCCUAACAUGAUCGUCGAGAGGUGCGGUUGCACCGCAGACAACAUCUCCAUCAUCUAA